GCACGCUCCUGAGGUUCUCGGGCGACGAGUGCAUCGUGGACUUCCCCGCCUGCCGCCGCUGGCGCGGGCUCCUCUCCGAGAUGGAGAGGGUGACGGCCGCGGAGCAGGUGCCUCGCGUCGGAGACACGGUCCGGCUCCGCCCGACAAGCCGGCCGCCGGCGCUCGCCUGGCCCUCUGUCGCAGGGCCGGCUGCCGAGGCGGCCGGCGGGGCGGAGGCGGGCCUGGCGGAGGCAGAGGCGAGUCGGGGAGGGAGGGAGGGGGUGCGUCUGGCGGUCGUGGUCGACCUCCUUCUCGACGACGAGGAGAGGGAGGUGUGCCAGCUGCGGGCGGCCGCCGGCAACCGCACCGCCGCGCCUGAGCGCCCCGCCGAGGCGGAGGGCGGUGGCAGCCGGCUGGCUGGUAGCUGGCUGGCCUUGGUCGAUGAGGUGGAGGUGGUGGAUGCGGCGUCGGGCGUGCCGGUCGAGCCCACCCGCCGCGGCAGCGACGGCGCCGCAGGCUCGCACGCGCAGGGACCAGAGGCGGCGGCGGCGGCGGCCCUUUCGUCGCUCGCGGCAUCCGGAGCGCUCGAGGCGGCGCUGGGCGAGCGGUCGGCACGCGCGGAUGUGCGCUCGCCCGGCGCCCUCGCCACGCGGCUGGGCUGGGCGCUCGGCGCCUCCGCCGCUCGCGCUGUGGCGAGCGGCAGCCUGGGCCCUCGAGGCCAGCCAAACAAGCCGAAGGGCGGGGCCGCGGGCACCAAGGCGGACUCCCCCGACAAGGCGGCGGAGGCCGCGGCGGCGGCGGCGGCGGUCGGCGGCGCGCGGGUGGGCGGGUUCGCCGCCUCCCUCGCCCUCCACCUCGCCCGCGGCUUGUCCCCGUUCCUUUGGUUUCUGUGGACUCUCGGCGCGUACCUCUCCCUCCUCGCCGUCCUCGCCGACACAUCCCUCUCGCGCCUAGUCGCCACCGCCGCCGCGACACUCCCCGCGCUGCUCGGCGCCCCCGCCGCCGCCCGCGGCCUUGCACCGCCGCCGCCGGCCAGCAGCUCGGUGCCGCCCGCGCUCUUUGCUUUGAUGCGGCUCCCAUCGAUGGUCGCGAGUGGCGCGCUGCUGCACGCUCUCUGCCUCAAGCCGGUGCUGCCUCGCUGUCUGCGCUCGCUCGCGUGCGGCUUCGAAGAGGGCUUUCGCGCCGCGACGCGCGGCGGGUGGCGCAACGGCGCCAACGCCGCGGCGCGUGCCGCUCUUGAGCGCGAGGAGGCGCUGCUUCGCUCCGUCUCCGGAUCGCUGCGGCGCGCCGCAGCUGUCGUGCAGGCGGCGCGCGCUUCGUCCAUCUCCAUCGCAGUCCUCGUUGCUGUCGAGUGGCUCUCGCGCCAGCUCCCGCUGCCGCCGCAACCAUUAAGCGAUGCUUCGACUAUCAAUUGAAGGCGGAGGGUGAGCCAGUGCAGCCGCCGGCACAAGGAACCGAAGCCAACGUUGCUGGCGUGGAAGUCCAAACAAAGAGGCGAGAGAAGUGCACUGUGCGGUUGCGGGAUGGGAGGCAGUCUCAGGCGCCUUUAUCGCAGCGUGUGAGAGUGUCUGGGUGAGGUUUGCGGAAGCGAAGUGGCCGCGCGUGUGUGGUUCUGGAGAACGCGAGAGUUCUGAGAGUUCUGUAUUAUUUGAUGCGAGCACCC